UUUCCUCAAUAUUCUCGUCCUGAAAUCCAAUUUGUGUCCACAACCAAGCUUGCAUUCCAAAUUUCGUGGAUAAAUAACAGAUAUUUUAAUGUUUAGCAAAGAAAAAUCAUGCUUGAAAUAUCAUUGCAAUUUCUGAACUUUAUGAUGAAAAUCUGCAAAAAAACACACAAUGCUGAAAUAAUUAAAUUUUUAGAUACCAAAACUGGACACGAAAGCGGCACAGAACAAAGGAAUGGCUUUUAAGCUUCUGAGCAUGCUUUUAGAGCCACAAAGGUGGAUUACAACAUAUUAUUGAAUACUAAAUCAAAAGACCAUAGCUUAAUUAUAUAAUGAAGGAAUGCAAAAAUGCCUUAUUGAGCUUAGCCAAAAUAGCAGAUAUUGCUGGAAGGUAUGAUGGUAAGACACUUAUCUUAUUCCCAAAGGCACCAGAUCUUGGAAAUCUCCUUAGUUUCGUCUUUAUAUAUUUGUAAAAAAAUUGGAUUAACCUAGUUUAUGUAAAUGCCUGAGUACAUACAGAAUUCUGAAGACAAGAGCGCAAAGGUUGUCCCAAGAAGAGCGGAAUACUUUAUGAGCAGCUUAUGAUAAUUCCAUUGCUAGAAAGAGAGCCUAAUAACAAAAAGAAAGAGAGAAAGUUAAGGAACAAGAAAAUAUUGAAAAAGUAAGCAGUACAAGGUUCAAAUUGAAGAUGAGCUCUUCAGAAAUAUUAUGAAUCUUCUUGAUGACCAUCUUCUUUCAAAUACCUCUGACUCUGAAGAAAAGGUUGCUUACUUAAAGAUGAAAGCUACUUAUCUGGAAUAUAUUUCUGAAUUUGCCAAGGCUUCUGACAAAUAUAAUACUGUUCAAGAGUGAAAGAAUUGUUAUGAAGAAGCUCAGGAGAUUGCAGAAAGAGACCUAGAGCCUAUCCAUCCAACCAGGCUUAGCCUCUUCCUAAAUUUCUCGAUGUUCAACUAUGAAAUUCUUAAUGAACCACAAAUAGCAUGCGAUAUGACUAAAAAUGUCUUAGACAGCACGAUCAGUGAACUUGAACAUAGAAGUAAUGAAUACUCUAAAGAUAGUGCCCGCAUUAUACAACUAUUUAGAGACAGCUUGACUCUCUGGAAUUCAGAUAUGGAAGUUUAAGAGUAUGUGAAUAACUUAUAGCCU